UUGUGGGAUAACAAAGAUGUCAGCCACCAUGGGUCAACGUCUGUCUGCUAACGACGAUGUUAUUUUAAACAUCCUCAAUUUUCUGUGCAUCGCACCUAAUUUGUUCGUCAAAAUACCACAGAUGCGGAACAUUGUCAAAACAGGAAGCGUCAGAGGACUCAGUCUAAAAGGUUUCUUGAUGGAAACUGUUGUAUACAUGGUUGGCUUGCUGUAUUACUUCACCAAUAAUUUUCCCUUCCUGGUUUAUGCAGAAUACAUUGCUCUUGAAAUACAAGCUCUACUGAUGGUUCUCGUAUUUCUUCAUUAUUCAAAUGAUUUGGAUGUCAGGAUAUUACCGGUUGCAGCUGUAUUUUUUCUUGUGACAGCCAUUAUAGGAUCAGGGUCUCUUCCAGCUUCCAUUAUUGCUUUCUUCUUUUCCAUGAAUCUACCUCUGAAUGCAAGCAGUAAAUUACUCGCAUUGAACACCAUCUAUAGUACAAAGAACUCGGGAUCAGCUAGUUUUCUCAUGUGGUCUAUAUCUGGUUUGACGUCAGCUGGUCGCAUAGCAACAAAUCUCAUGACAAAACCAGAUUACCUGGUGUUAACUAAUUUCACAGUAGCAGCGAGUCUCAGCUUCUCUGUAUGUUGUGCAAUCAUCAUCUACCGUCCUAGCGAGAAGAAGUUUGAAUAGAUGUUGGACCAAUCAAAUGUUCCAACCAAUCGGACCCCGAAGAAGAAAAGCAUUGUGGGUAAAAUAUCCCAUUGAUGUAGCAGCUAUAGAGGUCAGCUAUAGAGGUAAUUUAUUGUUUUUACGGUACCCUGGAAAAAGUUUGAAUAGAUUAGAACGAUGCAGAUGUUUGGACCAAUCAGUUCUUGGACAAGUAAAGCAUUGUGGGUAAAAGCCGAAUCACUUGGGAUUGCAAAAAUUAAUAGUCUGCUUUUAUUGAGUGGAUUUGUUGUCUGAAGCAACUUUAACUACAUGCUUUGCCUGUUCUAAUGAUUGCUUUGGCUUAGUUGAUUAUUGGACUUCUGGGAGGCCAUAUUUUGCAGACUGAACUGUAAUCUAAUCACUUUUUGUUUCUUGAGGAUUUACAUGCUAUCUCUUUGAAAGAAAGGUAUGACAUAGGCCCAGUGACAUAAAAAAAUAUCUAAUUAUUUAUAAAAUUGAUUAUGAUUGCAAGUUUGUGGCAAUCCAUGUACAUGAUAUUUACAAUCGAUUGUAGAUAUCUAUUGUACUGCUCUGUGUUAUGUGGCCUCGAUCUGAAAAUUUGUCCAAUCACCGUUGGCAAUAGUAAUCAUUUUUACUAUGAUGAUAUUAUUUCAAAUUUAAUACCAGUCGUGUGCCUUUACAUAGCUCUAAUUAUGCGCCUUCAAACAAAAAUUAAAGCUAUGGUAAAAAUCUAAAGUUGAGUUUUAGAACAGGUGGCAAUAAAAUGACCACCAAAUUUGUUUCUGAAAAAAAA